GGCGUGCUAUUUUUGCUGGAACGCAUCUCACACGGAGUGUCUCCCAUCUACCCGGAUGCAUCCGUGCCAUCAGCAGCUGCCAUCGGGAUUCAGGAUCAAGAAUCAAGGCGCGACGUAGCGUUGUUCGGGCGCCAAUCUUAAGCCACAACGCGGACGCUAACUGUACGGGACGCAGCUCUUAACCUUCACAUUCGUACGCUCGCCGCUUCCACUACCGUUUUGAAAGUGUUGCCACCGGACCGAAGUCUAUUGGAAUAUAGGCGCAGCGAGUUUGGAGCAGCAAGAAGCAGCGUAUCAAUCCUACUGCCUCGGUGGAUGCGCUUCAACAAACAUCGGACACUGUCUCUCGCUUUAUCUUCUGUCGAUUAUCUCUUCUCUUUGAAGUAAUUGAUAAUUCGCCUAAAAGAAAGAUUUGUAACGAACCGGAUCGUAACUGGAGAAAAACCAGAGAAAACAAAAUGUAAUCGGGGAGGUUUCGUUAAACUUGAAUAGUCAUCUACUGGCAAACGUUACAUAAAUACACUAAUUAAAUGUAUUAUUUCAUCGUGCACCACACACAGCUUAAACGAAUAUGUGUCCUUCCACAGUCCCUGUGUGUCUUUCGCUUCCUUAAACCCGCAAUACGAAAGCAGGACACGCGAAACACGGACGGCGACGCCACAUUAUCUGUGGGGUUCGUUGUCUGGUGACACAAUAACACCAAAUUCACACACAAGAUCACGCAGAUUCCGAUCGAACGAAGCUGCUUGCAUAACGCUUCACAUACACCGUCCACCUUCCCCCCUUUCUGCUUUCUGGGUCUGUUCGGAAAACAAAUCUGCAAAACUGCCGCUCCGGCCCGGCCCGAGUUCGUUGUGUUCAUUUUAACGCGCAAGAAACACAACCUGAUCCCUCUCGCUACUACUACACCCUGUCCAGCGAAACCACCGAACCCCCCCAAAAAUAUGUUGUUGUUGUUCCGAUUCUUCUUUUUAACGAUCGUACGUCCAAAAGAAAUGACAUUGAAAGUGUUGAACCAACCAACGAGCGUCACUUUUACUUUCGGCGUGUGAAUGCUUUCGUCGUUCGAGGCGAGGCGUUGCGAUUUUUGAUUGUUUUGCUGUUGCUCUCCCUUGCGUUGGAGCAACUCGACGAGGAAAGGAAAGGAAGAAACGGUGAAGCUAGCUGGCCGGGAAAGGUUUAAAUUUAAUUUGCUUUUUCCGUUACGCAACCGUCAUCGCCACUGCCAACGCCAUGGGUAGAGGAGACCACACGCUGCACUCUGAUCGCGCAUCUUGCAUCGAUCAUCAAAGCGCGAUCGAUCGUUUUGAUUGAGCGGUGUCCGAAGGGUGUGUGUGUGUGUGUAUGAAGACCUGGCUGCUUGUCUAUGCCGUUUUGAAGGUUUUGUAGUUUGGGGUGGUGUUUGACCAGCGGAGGGACGAGUUCAUCGACCAUUUGGACGGCAGCAUUUCGCCAUCGCCAGCGCGUUUGAGCGAUAGCCUCGCAAGUAGGUCUCGAGGGCCACGAUCAAGUCGGUAGCGAUCAAGGUUAGCGAUCAAGAAACCCGCCCCGACCAGGCAAAGACGCAUCGCGCGUGCGCGCACACACACACACACACACACAUACCAAUUUGAUAGGCGGAGUUGCAUCAGCCAAGGAAAUCCGCCCCGAAGAUGAUCGAUAUUUAAUGGGAAGGUGAUGGUGAUGGUGAUACAUAGACCGCUUAUUUAUGAUCGGUUCGUUUGUUCGGGUAAGUUCGAACAUUCCUAUGCUAAUUGGCCGAUGUAUGGUUUCAUAUGUUGCCAGGCAUUCAUGCAGGCAUUGUUCAGAAUGAAGUGUCAACUAAUGGUAAUCAAUAUUCAAUUAACACCCACGUAAUCUAGCCCUAGCUUUGGUUGCUGACUAAGCUUUCAUAGAUUCAGCCGGUCAAACGAAUCGUUCAAGGAUUCCUCCGAAUCGAUUGAUUGGAAUUCAGCAAAACAUCCUGCAGCAACCGCAUACAUUCCAACGCCACCACAACCAUUGGUAGCGUUUGUUGAACUCUCUUCGGUUCUUGCUGCCUCAUAUGACUCAUUUGUUUGUCUUACAACACAUUGAGUGUGCAUCCAGCGGAGGAAAAUCCACCCGGCCUCGUAGGCUCGCUGAUCUGCAUACAAACUACACGAGAACGAGGCGAGGAUUCAUGAUUCAUCCGGCAGAAUGCACAAAACUAGUCCACCGGUACGCCCGCACGGUCAGUCGUUGCCCGUUAGUUCAGUGACCAAGGUGCCAGCCGCAGCCGCGCGUCCAAAAUCGCGCUGGUGAAAGAUUUAGGCCAGCCGCCAAGAACGAACGCGUUGGUGGAUAUUUUGUCGUCUCAAUCGCGACACACCACACCCAAGAAAGAUGACCAACAGUUGGGAGGCUGCUCGGGCUUCACUAGGCUCCCUCUCUGGUAGCAGUAGUUCGGGCAAUUCCAACAUUACGCUGCGGCACGAGCCGCAUCACCACACGAAACAGAAGCAAUCGACGAUGGCCAAGUAUAAUGCACCCUCGGGGCCCGUAUCGCUUUCCGCCUUGAUAGAAGCCGCUCCACCACCACCACCGGUCCCGCUAGAAGUGGCCAACAACGAGCCGUACGAUUACUUCGACACCACCGUCAAUGCCAAUGCCAUCGCGGAGCGGACCAACAGCUUGCGGCGGUUGCGAAGGGCCGGCUAUGCUAAUCGUAGCUUCAUGUACCACGGCGAAUAUCCCCCGAUCGCCGGGAUGGUAGACGACGGGUACGAUGACGAUACGGGUGGUGGUGGUGGUGGCGGUGGACGUCUUCCCUACUACGUUGAGCCGACGUACCGUUCGCUCGAGUACGAUCGCCGGCAGCGGCGCCGGCACAGCGUGCAUCAGCUGGCCAACUUUAACCCCUCGUCGAAGCUGGACGAUCUGAGGCAGCGGUUCGACGAGUACAGCUCAUCGGCCGCGGUGCCGAGGGGAGCGUACUACGGCUACUACACGCUCGAUCGCCACAAGAGCCGACAGCCGCGACCGUUGGGGCCGCCCAAUGCACCACCACCACUGGCACCGGCCAUCGCGUACGGGAAGGCGUUCUCCUUUGGGCAGAGCGCGGGUCGGUACAGCGGGAGCCGAUCGCUUGACCGCGUGCUGGUGGAGGAGGAACGGGCGGACAAGCGCAAGGGACCAAAGCGAGGUUCCCGCUCGUCGCAGGGUUCCACCGAUAGUAAUAAUAGUACACAUAGUGCAUCAUCCGGGUCGCUACUGCUGACGGUAGCAAACCUUGAGAGCUUUGCCAAAAUACAUUGUAAAACCACUGCCAGCGGUGGCUCCAAGCUGGACGGUGCCGGCAGCAGCCGAACACUCGAACGAUACCUCUCCUCGACGCUCGAUCUGGUACCGCACCCGCAUCCCGGGACGCUUGGGCGGCGAUCGCGCUACAACAGCAACAUCCUGCUGCACCAUCAAGAGGACGACGACGUUGACGUUCAUCAUCAUCCGGCCGACCAUGCGGCGAUCGACUAUCGCAAGGAUGGGCAUGCGAUCGUACCGAUCGAUGAGAUUUCCAUCGACGAGGGCGAAACAGGUGGUGGAAGCGAACGGCAGCUACAGCUUGCCACUGUCGGAGGAGCGGGUGGUGGUGGCGUUGGGCCCAGUCUCGUGUCGCCGUUCCGUUCGCUGAAGGGCGGCAAGGUGGACCCGGACUCGGUGUCCGUUGCCAGCUCGACGCACUUCACGAUGGUGAACGGGAUCGGUGGACCGCAGCGCGUGAUCAAGACCGGGAUCUGCUCGAGCGGGGGCCACCAGAUCACGGUACUGAUCAUUACGAUGAGCAUCAUCUUCAUGAUCGGUAUCUGUUCGGCUGUUUUCCUGCUCGAAAUGCGUGCCAGGGAAAUGCCAAAAUAACGACUUUCGUUUCAUCAUCAUUCGUUCGCACCACCAGAAGAUACGAGAGAGAGAGAGAGAGCCGCAGGAAGGAGCUUACGAUUUACAUUCGAAGUAGAUUUAGCAAUCAAAAACUGAUAGAUUAAGCGCUAUCGCCCUGCAACAACGCGUUGCCAUAUGGAGUUAAUAAGAGUUAUAGUUAUAGCGUAUACACAUAGGAAGAGACUUUUAGCUACUUUUUGCUAUCCCCAAGCCCUACUUUUAGACCGAUCUAUGUGUGACUUACAUAGUCAUGUUAGCAAGCGACGUACUACUUCCCGAUAGAAGCCUAUCUUAACAUACUUUUCACACAGCGAAAGAGCGUUAUGCGCAGAUAACGAACUUUCUUCACACUAUUCCUACUGCUAGGUCGAUAAGAGACAUAACAAUGUAGCGUUUUUUUUUUUUGUUAUAUCGUGCAUGAUUUCAUGGUGAGGAACGGUAUUAAAUCACAAUCAGCUAGAGAUCGCCGAACGUCCACGGGACUUGUUGCGAUACUCUAGCGUUGUGUUAGACUCGCUUAGUGCAUAGUAAUUGUAACGAUAAAAAUGAGUUAGCAUGCGCUCUACAACAUGCCAAAAUGCCAAAAGCCUCUCAAGCAGCAGAACAUGUUUUUCCUCUCUACUACUUCCUCGAAGUACUACGAUCAAUUUUUACCAUUUUUAAAGCGCCCUCCUCCAACGUAUCUGACUAAAACUAUCCAGUUUCGUGUUUCACUGAUUCAGUUCUGUGAUAUUUAUUAAAUUAUUUAACUUAUGUUGAGAGGAUAAAGAAAUGAUUAAGGAAAAAACUUGAAGUGCACAGUGUUUUGACGGCGCUGGCCCGUGCCAGUUGAAAUAGAAAGAAAG